ACCACUACUUCUACUGAGAGAGAACAUCUACAGGAAGGUGUUCUGGAAAUACUGGAAUACUACACUUCAACCAGCUGCUGAAUCCACAAACUGAACAGACUAAAUGGCUUCCAGAUCAGAGGAGGAUCUCUGCUGUCCGGUCUGUCAAGACAUCUUUAGAGAUCCUGUUGUUCUGUUGUGUAGCCACAGCUUCUGUGAAGACUGUCUGCAGGGCUGGCGGAGACAGAAACAGACACAGGAGUGUCCAGUUUGUAGGAAAAGAUCCUUGUCUAAACCACAUGUUAGCCUGGUGUUGAAGAACCUGUGUGAGGCCUUCUUACAGGAGAGAGAUCAGAGAUCUUCAGAGGCUCUCUGCAGUCUGCACUCUGAGAAACUCAAACUCUUCUGUCUGGACCAUCAGCAGCCGGUGUGUGUUGUCUGCAGAGAUUCAGAAACACACUCCAACCACAGAUUCAGACCCAUCGAUGAAGCUGCACAACAACACAAGAAGGACCUUCAGGAAGCUCUGGAGCCCUUAAAGGACAAGUUAAAUGUUUUUGAACGAGUAAAAGAGGAGUGUGAUAAAACAGCAAAACACAUAAAGGUCCAGGCCCUGCGCACAGAGACUAAGAUUAAGCAGCAGUUUAAGAUGCUUCACCAGUUUCUAGAAAAUGAAGAGGAGGCCAGGAUGGUUGCACUGAGGGAGGAAGAGGAGCAGAAGAGUCGGAGUGUCCUGGGCUCUGAGGGCUUUGACUCAAGGACUCACAGCUGGGAUGUCGAGGUUGGAAACAGUACAUUCUGGGAACUGGGUGUGUUGGCAGAGUCUGUCCAGAGGAAGGAAGACAUUCAGUCUGGAAUAUGGAGCAUAGUGUUCGAAGAAGGUGAAUACUCAACACAGUCACUACCAGAUCCAGAAACCGAUCUCGAGCUGGAGACGCAGCCCCGGAGGAUCCGAGUGACUCUGGACUGGAACGGAGGAAAGCUGUCAUUCUAUGAUCUUUGUACUAACACACACAUACACACCUUCACACACACUUUCACUGAGAGGCUGUUUCCAUUGUUUGACAAUGAGGAGAACGUGUUUGUUUUACCACUGAAGGUCUGUGUGACUGUAGAACAGAUGAAUGAUUAUGGUGGUUAUAAGGAUUAUAAUCAUCACAAUGAUGAUUAUGGUGGUUAUGAAGAUUACGAUGGUAAUGAGGAUGGUGAUGAUGAUGAUGAUGAUUAUGAUGAUUAUGAUUUCAUUAUGGGAUUUUAA